CAUCCUUGUAUUAGAAUAACAAUCCCGAUAUAUUUGAUAGUCUUUUCUCUUGUUUUGUAAUUUUCUUUAAAUGUCUGGCGCACUAAUGUUUAUUUGUAUCAAAUUUUUAAUGAAAUAAAGAUAUUUAGAUAAUUUUCAUAUUCAAGAAAGCUCACAUUUCUCUAUAUAUCAAUAAUCAUUCCAAGGCCGCUUACGACAAAAUUUACAUUGACAACAAAAAUGUCGGACACUGGAGAAGAUCCACCGAAGCGCAGUAAAAAACUCCCUCCCAUCUCUUCCGAUGGAGGAGAUGGUGGUGAUGAACAGAAAAAGCCUGUGAGAAAGAAGAAGAAGAAAGCUCCAAGCGUGGAAACAAACGGUACAACAUCUCCAAAAUCCGAUGAAACCCCAACAAAGAAAAAGGUUGUGAAAAAGAAAGAGGGGGAAACCGCUGGCAAACCAACUCCGAAGAAACGCAAGAAACCCGCGUCCACAGAAGAAAGCGAAGUGGAUCCUACAUCAGCCCGCAGUGCAGCUAGUAAAGAAGAGGAUGUAACUGGGAGCAAAGCAAGUCUCAUAUCAAAAGAUACAAAAGGAAGUGGCACACCAAGGAAAAAAGGAAAGAAGAAAAAGAAGCCAGCUUCGACCACAGCCACUCCCAGAGAGGAGGAUGAAUGGGGGGAUACUCUUGCAGCAGAGUUACAAACCAUACACGAGGAUGUCGUGAGUCCCAAAAGUAAAAAAGAACAAGACGAAGUACGUGUGCACCCGUACACAACAGAGACUGCAGUUUUGAAGAGUCAGCCACUGGAGAAACUUUUCAUUGAGACAGACAGUGGUUUUAAAGGAGAAAACAAAGUCAAGUUUGCCAAAAAAUGGGCAGAAGAAGAGGCUAUUCGAGAACAAGAGCCUGAACAGCCAGUGGAGUCUACCCUUCUGUUUGCUAUAGGGUCACACAGGGUGUUUGUGACAUUCUGCCUCUUUCUUCAUGGACUAACUGCAGGCAUUGCUAUGUGGCACCUAACAAUGACUUAUAUAUUAUUGUACUUUUCAUAUAUGGACUUUCUGGAGCACUACCGAAUUCUAGCAUUGCCAGUUCAGUGCAUGUUUUAUAUUCUUUUGGUGUUGUGUACAAUUUCAGCCUGUGAUAGGUUUGAUAUUGGACGUCCCACACGCAGAUUCAUACUUCAAUCCUUCACAUUACAGACUGGGACUGUCUCCAUUGUCAUCUAUUUUAUAGCAUUAAUCCUCAGUCUUUCAAUGGCUAACUUGGAGGAUAAAAUCAAUCUCUAUGACAGAUAUCCUCAACUUUGGAAAAACCAAUACGGCAACAAUACGUUAUCAUCAGCUGGUGAGGACAUUACUGCCUGGCGGGACAUUAACACUGCCCGCUGUUGUAUGGCCAUAUUAGCCUGGAUUGUCUUGUCUAUAACAGCCUCCACAGACAGACUAACAGACAAUCUUAGGGCAGGGGAUGAUGAAUUUCUAGAAGAUGUGGAGCUGGGAACUCAACAGAAAGUUUAAUUCUUCAAAGUUCUGUGUGUUACUAGCUACUCAAAACUUUUUUAUGAAGUCGUGUUUUAUGUAUGAUUUGAUCUUACACAGAAUUUGUUUCUUUACAUGUGAUAGGAGAGCGGAUACAUAAACAGACCCAUUAUUUGUUUCUUUACAUAUGAUAGGAGAGCAGAUACAUAAACAGACCCAUUAUUUGUUUCUUUACAUGUGAUAGGAGAGCGGAUAUAUAAAUAGACCCAUUAUUUGUUUCUUUACAUGUGAUAGGAGAGCGGAUACAUAAAUAGACCCAUUACGCAUAUAAUUUUAUGUUCUAAAAUGAGGGUGGUCUUAUGGAAACAAUUUGUUAUAUGAUUUGUAAUUAUAUUUCAUUUUUCAAUUUUUUUCUCUUUUCACAAGUUCAUAUUUAAUAAAAGUGCAAAAUUGACAUUAUGAAAAAAUGUUAGUAUGCUGUAUAUUUUGAGAAUUCCAUCGAUAUGUACGCUGUAGAUGUCCUAUAUUGUUUUAUUUUCAAAUUUCAAAUGUGAAUGGAAAAUCAAGGGAGAUAAUAACUCUGCAUGAUAGGGAAAUGUUUUGCAUUCAGUGGGGGUUUUUUCUUCUAAGUUUGUUUUCCUUUAUUGAAAUACGUGCAAGCAUUCAUAUGAAUUUUUUAACAAACAAGUUCAGUUCUUAAAACAAAUACACACAUACACAUUGUGAUGAUCUUCAUUCAAAAAAUAGGAUUAUCCUUUGCAUUUUAAGUAUGAAAAAUUAAGGAAAUAUCAGCUUUAAUGAAUGAAAUACACAUGUAAUAAUAAACCCUCUUCUAAUUAAGAUAAGAUGAUGGUAUUUUAAGUGUUAAAACAUGAAUAUCAUGGGAGAUACAACCAGUGCCUUGGUUUUUUUUUUUGUCUGCUAUGUGAAGAUAUACAUGUAUUUAUUUUGACAAUGUCUUGUUAGUUUAUUGUAAUGUACGCUACAAAAUUUUGUUUUAUUUAUUUAUUUUUAUUGUUAUAUUUAGAUAUAGAUGUUAGUUGUAUUAUUUGAAAGGAAUAUUUUUAACAGUCUUGGUUGUAUAUUAUGAAUUAAGUGUAGUAUUUUGACUGUAUGCAACAUUUCUGUAAUCUGAUAUCAUAUACAUGUACGUGUAUCAAUAUUGCUUGAAAAUUUACAUUGAUACAUAUAUUUUAUGUUAUCAGACUUAUUGACAAGUGAAAUCAAACUGAAAUAAAAUGAUAAAUGUAAAACAUA